AUGGACGCCUGGGAGGCCACCAAGGUGGUGUUCGACCGGGUGCGGGCGCUGGACCCGGACAACGCGUCCAAGAUCAUGGGCCUGCUGCUCAUCCAGGACAACAGCGACAAGGAGCUCAUCCGCCUCGCCUUCGGCCCCGACCACCUCCUCCACGCCUUCGUCGCCGCCGCGCGCGCCGACCUCGCCGCCAAGCCCGCCUCCCCGCCGUCUCCCGUGCUCGGCCCGCUCCACCAGCCCGCCUCGCCCUGGGGCCCAACGGCCUCCGACCACCACCACCAGCACCAGUCCCCUUCGCCGCCGCCGACCACGCGCUCGGGUACGAAUACGACGGUGCCGCCGCCCCCCGCCGACGCGUUCUUCCCCGAUGACUACGACUGCUGGUCCCCGGCCAGCGCCACCGGCGACCGCCGCAGCUUCUCGCUCAGCGACGCCGAGGUCGCCGCCGCCGGCGCGUGGAGGCCCUGCGUGUACUUCGCGCGCGGGUUCUGCAAGAACGGCUCCUCCUGCCGCUUCCUCCACGGCUUGCCCGAGAGACGACGACGCCGCCGCGGAGCGGGAGAUGGUCGUCAUGCGCGCCAAAGCCCUCGCCGCCGCGCGCUCCCAGCAGCAGCAGCUCAUGGCGUCCGCGUUCCCCUUCUCGCCGUCGCCGCCCAAGGGCGUCAACCUCAACUUCCUGCUCCACCAUCACCACCACCACCACCAGCAGAGCGAGCUCCAAAGGGCGGCGACGACAUGCACAGCAGGUUCCCGGUGCGGUCGCCCCGGAUGGACCGCGGCGAGCUCAUGUCCAGCCCCGCCGCGCGGCAGAUCUACCUCACCUUCCCGGCCGACUCCACCUUCAGCGAGGAGGACGUCUCCAGCUACUUCAGCAUGUACGGGCCGGUGCAGGACGUGCGCAUCCCGUACCAGCAGAAGCGCAUGUUCGGCUUCGUCACCUUCGUCUACGCCGAGACGGUGAAGAUCAUCCUGGCCAAGGGCAACCCGCACUUCGUGUGCGACGCGCGCGUGCUCGUCAAGCCCUACAAGGAGAAGGGCAAGGUCCCCGACAGGUUCAGGAAGCUGCAGCACCCGCACCACGGCGACUUCGCCGGCUGUACGUCGCCCACCGGAUUGCUGGAUUCCAGAGACCCCUUCGACCUGCAACAGCCACAGAUUGGACCAAGGAUGAUGUACGGGAACAUUGCCAACCACGCGGCGUUCCUGAGGAGGAAGCUCGAGGAGCAGCAGCAGGCGGCCGAGCUGCAGCAGGCCAUCGAGUUGGAGGGGCGCCGCUUCAUGGGGCUGCACCUACUCGACCUCAAGAGCAGGGGUCACCACCUCGGCUCCUCCCCCGCCGCCAUGACCGCCAUGGGGCAAGGUGAGGGCGGCAAAGGCAAUGGCAAUGCCGUCCAGCUGGAGGAUGUCAACAUCCAAGAUACUCCUACCAAGAUGAUGAACAGUAACAGCCUUGUCUUGAGUGCGCCUGCAGCAGCAGCUGCUGCUGUGUCUGCAGCCGAUGCAGGAGGCGAGCACGAGGAGCAGCAGGGAGAAGAGGACGGGGAUGGGGGUGGCAGUCCCAAGCAGGCAGUCAACCGUGGGGAAGAGGAGAAGACGGAAUCUGGUCCUGUCACUGCUACGCCCAUUGUUGCUUGUGGAUUCCAAGAAAGUGGCGUGGUGGAGCACAUUUUGCCUGACAGCCCCUUUGCAUCCCCCACAAAGGCCUCCACUGAUACAGCUCCAGCAGCUCAAAAUGGGAACAUCAGCAAUGGCAGCCCUCACCAUGUGGCUUCAUCCCUCUUCCCACCUGCAUCCACCAUUGAGCUGCCCCCAUACAACUCCUGCUUCUUUCAGGCGCCCAGGUUUUCUCCUGGGCAUGAAGCCAUUGGACUGUGA